AUGCGGCGACGAACAUCAGCACGGUCUGUGCUGACCAGCACCAUCCCGGCUCCCAGUUCCACGUCACCUGCUACUUCUUUCUCAGCCACGUUCACCACCGCCGACAACUCGUCGACCAUCGGCAAUGUUCUUCACGACACAGAAUUACAGCAGAAUGCAAGUCCGUCUGUAUCUCUGUCGUGCUUCACGUCAGCCAGUGACGUGGUUUUACCGAACACGUGUAUCGGAGUUUUGUCGUGUGAUGGCGACAUAGUGACGACAUCCGGAGUAGUGUUGCCUUUGUCUCCGGACUCUUCGGCUGAAGUGUCGUUUUCACCAGCGAUCUCAUUGACAGCCGCGACAGCAUCUGCCGGCACCGGAUCUUGUGUCACAGCUGAUGCUUUUAUCGUGACUAGAGACUGUGUAUCUACCGUGCCAGGUACCUUAACAUCUUUCAGCUUGGUAGACGACAGUGUCAACACUAGCAACAGUGAAAACCUAACUACAGUUCGUGUCUCCGAUUCGGGGUGCGGACUCGUGGUUACCUCAGCUGCCGGAAGUGGCACAGGCAUCGAUUCUGGCGUCGGUGUGUCUGCCGUGGCAGCUUCUGUUGCUGUUAGCGUUGCCAGUUCAGACUGUAAGAGUAGCCAGCCACAAGGAGGCUAUGCUAGUGACGUCGAACUCAUGUCAUACAUCAUCGAAGUUGCCGAUCGCGCCCAAAGAAGCAGCAAGACUCGGUCGGGCCUGCGCAGCUCCUCAACCCUCGAGGGCGCCUUGCCGGAGCCGCUGUCUGAAGAGGAUCAAGCUGUCCUCCCCGCCCCACGCAGAGCCUCACAACGACUCAAGUCUCCUACUGAAAGCCUCCAGGAAGCACUGCGAACUUUCCCAGACAAUUCCCGGCCGUUCUCGGACAACAUUCCCCGGUCUUUCGCUGAUGGUAAUGUUCGAUCUUUUGGCGACAGCAAUUCGAGCAUCGAAGAAGACGUUCAUAAGAUCGUAAGAAGUUGCGUGGCCCAGCGAAGCAACGCUCUUAAUAUUAUUAACAAUGCUAAUAGUAAGAACAAUAACAACGUUGGAGGGGGUGCGAAAGUUGAGAUGUUGUUGAACGAGCGGAGCAGUAGUAGCGGCAGCUCGACGGUAUCGACUCGGCACAAGUAUAGCAGUAGUAGUGGUGGCAGUUCGACGGUAUCAACUCGGCACAAGUAUAGCAGUAGUAGUGGUGGUAGCUCGACGAUAUCGACCCGACACAAGUAUAGCAGUAGUAGUGGUAGCUCUAGCACUUCAUGUACCAAGAAUCGCUCAAGCAAUAGCAAUCAUCGUUCUAAGGCUCACUCAUCAUUCGCAAACAUUAAGAACAAUAACAACAUCAUAGGCACUAACAUCAACACGGCGAAUCUGAACAACAACAACCAUGCCAAGGAAGAAGAUCUCGAGAAGCGCCUCGAGGAGAAGAAAUUUGAGGAUCUUCAGAGAAAACUUUCGGACUCCAUCAGGACGAGAGACGAGGCAGCUGCCGCCGUGACUGCCCUGCCAAACCAGCUCAGGCCUUGUAUCGAGUCCGUGGUUUCUGUUGAGUCCAACGGAUCCGUUGAAUCCAAUUGUUCUGCUGAGACUCUGAUGGUCCAGCAGCAACAAGAUGACGAACAGGAAGAGCAUAGCAACAACACCAUCGACUACAGACUUCUGGACGCACAGUGCAUUGUAGCUAAUGGCUCCAUAGUCACUAACGGCACUAUAGUCUCCAACGGGACCAUAGUGAGCGGCGGAACGAUAAUGAGUAACGGCACACUAGUUACAAGUGCUGGCCUUAUGACCACAUCGGCUUUCGAUACCUCCAGCGACCUAGAGGCGUACAACGGCCACCAUGACUCAUCACUUCACGACCACGCGCUUCACGGGAAACUCAAGGCGGAUGUUGAUGACGAGGACGAUGAGGACAUUGUCAUGACAAACGGUCUGGAGCACAUGGACUCUUACAUGCCCUUAGUGGGGGAGUUAUCGCAGCCUCUGAUGGACGAUGAGGCUGGAAAGAAGGUCUUCAUGUCAGACUCGAGUGAUUCAAUGGACGCGGUGGUAUGUAACGGUCAGGACGUCGAGGAAAAGAGGAGAAAAAGAGACGACAAAAAAGAUGACAAGAACAAUAAAAAGAAAAAAUUGAAGCCUCUCGAGGAAGAAAACUUAUCCAAACGCUUGUACGAAACUCGGGAGCUUCCAAUAACGGAAACCCGACAGCCAGUCCUGGAGCAUCUGCUUACACCCGCUCCCACACCAAUACCCAUCAAUGGCUCGGUGAUGGAAAGCAGUCUUGUUGUUCGUGCUGACGAAGACCGCAAAGGUAACGCCAAUGCCGGAGCAAGAGGACGUUUGUGCAGUGAAUGUGGCGCUCGACACGUCACGGGACCGUGUCCCUUCACGAGACCAACUCAUCUUCUACCAGACUCCAUCCCUCCACCGCGUCCUGCUAACCAGGGUGUGAUAAUGGCGCCUCCUCAUCGCGACACUCCUGUUAAUUUAUCCAACGGAAGCACGAGAAGUGACGAGAGCGAGACGCUUCCACUUGAGGAGACUUGGCGAGACCCUCAAAGAGCUGGAUCUCCAGGCUGCUAUUCUAGAGUAUCCUUACCUUCUGGUCUGGCUCUGGAGAGACGCUUGGUGCAACCGCCCAGAGACACGAACCCUGACGAUGAUGUUGGCCUAGUGGAAGAUUCGCCUCCACCUCCGCGCUCAAUGGAAGUUGUGGUCGCCAGAACCGCCCUGUCAAGAUAUACUCAACUCGGUCCUGUAGUUGGCGUGCCCGUGAGAGAGCGUGACAUACCAGAUGACUUCAGCAUGGUCAAUCUCUGGGAGGUGUUCACGAGUGAAGGCAAGCGCUACGUCAGCACCGUGGACCCCAGCAGGAGCAACUGGACGAGGUUCCUACGCCCCGCCCCUGACAGGGACUCCGCUAACCUGGUCGUCGUGCCCCGCCCCGUCCACGACAUGGGUUCAGGUUGUGAUGUACCGAACUUAACUAACCCCUCCUCGGAAUUUGUUAAAGAAAGCCAAGAAUAUCUCUAA